UUAAAAUCAGGUUUUUUUUUUUCCUCUCUCCCUUUCUUUUCUUUUUUUUCCUCCUGAAAACGUGACAGCUCUUGGUAUCCAGCAACAUUAAACCGUUAUACCCCCACCGUGGAACCGUUAGAAGGAGCAAAAAUAUAUUUUAAGGGUAGAAAAAAAAAAUCAAGAUCCUUUUGAAAAAAAAGAGAGGGGGAAUAUCCAAUUUUCAUCGGAAAAUUAAGAAGGGCGCGAGCAGGGCUGAGUUAAUUGCAGCCUAAUCUUUGCCCUGGAGGCGUUUGGAAGCCUUGAGCUGAAUUUCUUUUCUUUUUUUCCGCUCUGCUCUGUCUUUGCUUCCCUGUGUGAUUUACAGACAGAUUGCUGGCUUUCUCUUCACAGCACAGCAAGCUUACAGCUUCUCUUUAUAUUUCAUUUUUUGGGAGAGAGACAGCGUGAAGGGGAGCAGUGACCAGUGAAGACUCCCCCCAAAUAAAGGAGAUAUACUAAAGGGGGCAGAGAUUUUCUCCACCUUGCAGGAGGGAAGCAUCAUGUCCCGUCUGUCUCUAACGCGGUCCCCAGUUUCUCCACUGGCUUCCCAAGGAAUUCCUCUUCCAGCACAGCUCACAAAAUCCAAUGCUCCAGUGCAUAUUGAUGUUGGAGGACACAUGUACACCAGCAGUUUGGCCACACUGACAAAGUAUCCAGAUUCCAGAAUAAGCCGCCUGUUUAAUGGCACAGAAACUAUUGUGUUGGACAGUUUAAAACAGCAUUACUUCAUUGAUCGGGAUGGGGAAAUUUUCAGAUACAUUUUAAGCUUUUUACGGACCUGUAAGCUUCUUCUCCCCGAGGACUUUAAGGAGUUCAAUUUGUUAUAUGAAGAAGCAAAAUACUAUCAGCUACAUCCCAUGGUUAAAGAACUUGAGCGAUGGAAGCAGGAUAAAGAGCACCGGAAACAUUUCCAGCCAUGUGACUGUCUGGUUGUGCGAGUUACCCCAGACUUGGGAGAGAGAAUUGCUCUCAGUGGAGAGAAAGCUUUGAUAGAAGAGAUUUUCCCAGAAACUGGAGAUGUUAUGUGCAACUCAGUUAAUGCUGGCUGGAACCAAGACCCAACCCACGUCAUUAGAUUUCCACUAAAUGGUUAUUGCAGAUUAAACUCUGUGCAGGUUCUUGAGAGACUAUUCCAGAAGGGAUUUAAUGUGGCUGCUUCAUGUGGAGGUGGUGUUGACUCUUCACAAUUUAGUGAAUACGUACUAUGCCGAGAAGAUAGACGCGUGCAGCCAAACAUGAUGCGAAUAAAACAGGAGCCUCUGGACUGAUAUGGCAAAAGCUGCAUCUGUAACCAUAGAAGUGUUCAACAGUCCUCAAUGCGAAACUUUGAGGGUCUAAAAACAGUAUUAAUGAACAUCUUGUGACUCUUUGUUGCCAGUCUGUGAUAAAUGUACUUUUACUAUAGCCAUUUGGGGAGGAAAAAAACAACCACAUCUCAUUUUGUAGCCAUCGUGGGCACUCAAUGCACAUGGUUCUGUGAGAAUAUUAUUACAUUUUGACAGCUGUGCUGUUAACUAAAGCAAAGCCUCUGAAAAUAGUGAAAAUGGUGAAAAUUGACAGUUUUCUUGACAAAGAAAUUGUUGUGAAAAUGCCAAACUUCAAGGAGAGAGCAAAAUGUGCUGCACUGAACAAUUUCCUACCUGUAGCCAUCCUUUCCGUCCCUCAGACUGGAUGUUGAGGAUACGUUGUCCGCCUAUAAAAUCUUCAAACGGAAUUAUCUCUAAAGACUUCAGUGUGGAUACUGUUUUAGGUUCUUGAGGAAACCAAGAAAGAAGUGGUCAUAUUUAAAAAAAAAAAAGAAAUCAUCCAUGGGAAUAUAUGUCUAGAAAAUGUAUGUAAGCAGCUGUCUAUUUUUUGCAUAUCUACCUGUUAAGUAAAUUGGUUUAUAAAGCCAAUUCAAUCAAAUCUUUAAUGAAACAAAAACAUCUGUUAAAUCAUAUCUUGAUCUUUAAGAUAUCUUUUGAUACAUUACAAUGUUUUGCAAAAGGGUUGAAACAGUCUAAUAAGGUUAAUUGGAUAACCUAGUAAGUUUUAAGAAACUUUUUUUUUUGUAGCAUCAUGAAAGACCAGUGUCAGCAAAACAUUCAUUUUAAUUUAAUAUAGCAGUUUGGUAACAUUUGCAGAAUCUGCUUUCCAUAAUGUUUUUUUAUACACUAAUUUAAAGGGACGUUGCCACCUGUAUUCAUCAUGCACUGUAUAAGUAGAUUAGAUUUAAAAAAAAUAUAUAUAUAUGAUUGAAGCUGCAUGGUUUAGGUUUAAAAAGGCCUUUUCCCUCCUGAAUAUUUAAAGUGACACUAAACCCAAAUGUUUUUCUUUUGUGAUUCAGAUCACACAUGCAAUUUUAAGCAACUUUCUAAUUUACUCCUAUUAUCAGUUUAUCUUUGUUCUCUUGCUAACCUUAUUUAAAAAGCAGUAAUGUAAAGCUCAGUAGCAGGCCCAUUUUGGGUUCAGAACCUGGAUUACGCUUUCUUAUUGGUGGAUAAAUGUAUCGACACUAUCCAGGGUGCUGAACCUAAAAUGGGUCGGCUCCUACGCUUUACAUUCCUGCUUUUUUUAAAAAAAGAUAGCAAGAGAAUGAAGAAAAAUUGGUAAUAGGAGUAAAUUAAAAAAUUGCUUAAAAGUGCAUGCCCUAUCUGAAUCAUAAAAGAAAAAAAAUGGGUUUAGUAUCCCUAUAAGUUCGUUUUGAAGUAGAAUAUAGCUGCUAUGUUUGUUUGUUAGACAAUUCUAGGAGGCUAAUAAAAUUAUUUGUUUUAAAGUAUGUGAUCUCUUAAGCUGUUUGGCACAGUAACAAUUUUUGCACCUAACAACAAAGUAUGUAGUUUAAGAAAACAGCAAAAAAAAAAGAAUUUAAAGUAUCCCAUUAACAAAACUCUGCAUAAUAUAAACCUUCAUUCCACCUAUACAGUGUAUGAUUAAGUCUGAAGAUGGUGCCUUAAAUACUGGCUAUGGUGUGAUAUGAUUAGACUGUUACAGGAAUGUAAAACCUAAAAUAAAAUUGGUGCAGUAACAAUGGAAAAUACAUACCAUUUUUGACAUUUAUAAUUUUUAUGUAAAAAAAGUUUCCCCAAAUGUGUGUCCUUUUCCCCCCAAGUAGUUACUUUCUGCUUUCUCCUGAUCCUGGUGCAGGAACCAACUAAAGCCAAACAGCUCCAAUUUAUAUUAAGGUUUCGUGUCCCUUUAAGUAUAAUGUAUUUAUGAACAAUGCAAAGGCAGGGUUAUGUAUUUGAAACAUUAAUGUUUACAGGAGUAUAUUGUUUUGACAGUGUUGAGAUAUUUUCGAUGUCACUAAAAGGCCUGAUAAUGUAUUCUUUAAAGCAUUAGAUUCUAUUGUUGGAAAAGAUCUAUAGAAAAAUGGCUAAAGCAACUUCACUCCAAAUUGAAUAACCCUCAGUGUAAUGCACUAUAAUUAUAAUAAUAUUGUCUAUCAGUGGGAAGUAAUUGAUAUGUCUAGACUUUUUUUGUGUGUGUCCUAAAAAGGAGGAGCAUUUGUGUCAUGGGAUGAUACAGAAUGCACAUAUUUUCUAUCAUGCAUCUUAUGCAAUGCAUCUUAAAUACAUUACUUCCCCUUAAGAAUCAAAACAGACAAGUCAAUCAAGCUUUUGUGUGUGUGUGUGUGUCAGUUCUGUAUAUUUACAAAAAAAGUGCAACUUCUUAUCGUUGUGCUCCCACAAAUAGAAUCUGUCCAACAUUUUUACCCACUCUCUUUCAUAUAGAGCAAAGCUCAAAACAAAGCAAUAAAGUAAACUAAAUUGAGCCAAGUAUUACUGAAAUAUUAAAACCACAAUUUUUUACUUUUACGCUCGAUAACACCAUAUGGAGGGAUAGGCAAUAUCAAUCCGCACAUGUACCAUCUGACGCAUCUUGCACUUGAAGAUACAUGAUAUUAUCAAAGAUCAAGUGUGAAAUGCGUCAUGUGGAAUGUGUGCGGAUAAAUGUUGUAUAUCUUCUAUAUGGUUUUAACAAAUGUACAAAUAAAAUAUGGAUGUUUUAACAUUUUCAACAAUCUUAGUCAAAGAAGUAAUCUGCUUUUCCACAAUAACAUUUGCUACGUCAAUUUUCACUUCUGUAUAUGAGAGAUUUUAAAUGUUACUUUUUUAUUAUUAUUAUUUUUUAUUAAUGGAAUUGCUAGCAAUGACCUAAACAAUUUUGAUUCUUUAACUUAAUCUAGGAUAUAUAUCAUAAUGCCCCUUGAAAGGGUACUUAAUAAAGCACUUCUGUAUUAUUAUGUAAGUGUGCAAUUAUAAAUGCAUGAUAGAAAAUUUCCAACCUGUAUAUUUGUGUUUGUUUGUUUGUUUUAGCACAUGCACUGUUUACUCUACCUGAAUCAGAGAGGGUAGUUUUUGAAGAUGUGUUAAAAAAUUUUUUUUUGGGGGGUAGCAUUCUUUUGUCCCAGUCUCUGAUUUAAGUGUUAAUCACUAUUCAAUUCUUCCACGCUAUUAUAUUGAGUACUGUAUAAAAUGCACAAGUGAAUGUGCAAUAGAAUAAAUAAGAGCAAACAUAAGGAGUAAGCUAAUGUAUAUAAUACCGUUUUUAAACCCAUUUUGUUUUAAUAGGGUUGUUUAAUAGCCUAACUACAUUGAGUUCUGAAUUACUUAAAUACUUUAAUAUGUGUAGCUUAGAGGAGAAAUGACAGAGAUAUGAGAAAAUGUAAAAUAUAUUAACAAAUUUGGGAACAUAGCCUAUUUUAGUAACAGAAGCUCUUGGAAAAGAGGGCAAGCUCUGAAGUAGGAAGGUAAAAGAUUUGGAAGUACUUGGAAUAGCCUCCCAGCAGAAAUGACUGUCUUUAAUUUUUAGGAAGAUAAUAAAAAAAACAGAUUAUCCUGUAUAUAACAUAAUUCCAAGGAUCAAAUAGUUCUAAAAGAAAACAUGCUUUUUUUACACACACACACACAAACUGAACAAAUUAUAUAUUGAUAUAUAUGUUUCUACAUGGAAAAACAAUAGAUUAAAGUUUCUUUAAUAGAUUCCGAUACUAACAAUAAGUUUGUGUAUUGUGCUCAUCUGGUCUGUGGGAUAGAUCAUCACUGGAUGAUAAGGAAAAGUCCUACAAUUCCAUUGGUGGACAGGACAUGCCCUAUAUGUAUAAAACAAAAUAUAUUCGUUUUUCAGCAUAGGAACAUCCUAUUUUAAAAAAUAAUACAUUUUUAAAAUGCCUUCUUUUGAAUGAAACAAAAUUUGUUUCUAAUCUCUGUAUACAUUUUUAUAACUGGUAGGCAAUUGGCAGAAUAGAUGGUAAAAGCAGAACACACCAGCUUCAUUGAAGGAUGACUAUUCCCACUUUGGGAAGUUAAAUGCUAUACAUAUUGGUCCAUUUAUAUAAUGGUAAUUUAUCUCUAUAUAUUCCUCCAGCAAGCAAUUUUAGAACUAUUUUAUUCAACUUUUUUUACUUCUAUGAAACAUGAAAAGUUAUUAAUACUGGUGCUGUCAUAUUUGGGGUUAUAUGGCACUGCAUUCAGAUCUGUAAAUAAAUUAUAUUUAGAACUGUAUAUUAUACAUUAUUGUAAAUUAUAUUGUCAUGUAAUUGUGUAUACAUAUUUCAAAUAUAGUGCUUUAUGCCAUAAGAAUUCCUGUAAAGUAAAUGAUAAAAAAAAAUUGUUUAAAAA